AUGGAUUUCGAUACAGCUGUGUCAGAAAUCGGUGAAUUUGGUCCUUUUCAGCAAAAGAUAUUUUAUAUAACAAACCUUUUGGGAUUUCCUAUCUAUGCACAGACGCUUGUAAUGGUGUUUGUGGCUGCAAAGCCAACCUGGUCAUGCAGUACAACCCAUGAUAAUACUUGCAACGAAGAUGGUUCGAUAUGCAAGAAUGCAGUGUUCACUUCAAAUUUUACAUCGAUUGUCAGUGACUGGGGACUUGUCUGCGGACAAGCUUAUCAAGUUGAAGCUAUUCAAUCAGUGUUUAUGUUUGGUAGUAUGCUUGCAGCGCCGUUUCUUGGUAAUUUGGCUGAUAAAUACGGACGUAAACCUGUAUACAUCGUCUGUUACAUGGGCACAAGUGUUUUSACCUUCUUGUCAGCAUUUGCCACGUCAUACAAAGUGUUAAUGAGUCUACGUCUCGCUACUGGAUUUUUUUGUGGUGGCGGAGGUCUUAUUUUAUAUGUGCUGACCACUGAAAUAGUCGGAGCAAAAUAUAGAGAAACACCACAGGUAAUCCAAGAAAAUGGGAACACGGUGAACAUAUACUCAGCUCAUUUUGACGAUGAUGGUUUAUCAAAAUAG